GGCCCUAAGCGCCCGCAGGAGCCACUGUGCGUGUUUUCCGCCCUGUGCCACCCUGUAGGAACGGUGGGGUCAGGCGGAAGAGGGUGGACGACCCGGGCACAAAAGUGGCGGGUAUUUAGCUACGUUUCGUCGUGUAGCUUCUCGCGAUGGGCAUAACGAUGUGUUAUUGUGUGAUGAUCUUAAUAUCGGGCAGUAUGGAGAGCGAUAAUAAUGGGCCAAUUUCUCUCACUGGUUCUAUGCUUUAUGACACUCGUAAAUCAUCAUAUAAACACCGCCUCCUACAAGCUUUCGCUUCCAACAGGGCAAAAUCUGCCGCACUACGUGAUGAUGUGCUUAGUCUACACUACGUGGAUGUCCUGCAGAGGUGUGGGGAAUGGCCUAAUUUCCGUCAUAAGAGCUCGUGGUUGGAGGUACUUGCUGUUAGCACUAAUCGACGUUGAAGCAUGCACCCUUAUUACAUCGUCACAUCAAUUUACCAGCCUCGCCAGUAUACAGCUCCUCGACUGUGUGGCGAUACCAGUCGCCUUGGUACUUUCCUUUCUGGUACUGGGCGUUAGAUACAGAAUGGUGCACAUCGUUGGCGUGUCCAUCUGUUUGAUGGGCGUGGGAUGUCUGGUUUGGGCCGGUAUAGAUGACAAUAACGACAGCACAACCACGGGAAAGAACCAGCUUGUCGGCGACAUGCUUUGUCUCGGCGGCGCGGUAUUGUUCUCGGUGACGACGGUUCUGCAGGAGCUGGCCGUUAAAACAGUUGAUAUCAUCGAGUAUUUGGGCAUGAUUGGCUUCUUCGGCACGAUACUGAGCUGCAUGCAAAUCGCCGUGCUCGAGAGGCUUCAGAUAGAGGCGUUUCAUUGGGACAACGUACCGGUGAUAACAAUCCUGGUCCUUUACUGCAUCAUGCAAUUCAUGUUCUUCUCGCUGGUACCGGUAAUACUGUUCGAGUCUGGUGCUACCGCCCUACAGUUGGCGCUACUCACUUCGGACUCAUUCAACAUAUUGGCUGGAAUGCUUAAUCAUCACUACAAGUUUCACUCAUUGUACUUCGUUUCGUACGCACUCACGAUGACCGGCAUCUACAUAUACGCCAUAAAGCGAACACCCAUGUCGUCGAACUCACGGAGACAGCAUAUCGAGCCGCCCAUUCCAGAUUACAGACACAUGUCCCAUCCCGACGUUGGCGAGGUGGAAAUGGCUACGAGUUCCGGCAUGUCCGGCGUGAGCGGCACUCUCGACAUAAGGGCGUCCACCCUCGGUAGCGAGAGGGAGACGAUGGACGCGACGAGUCUACCCCUGAGCGUCAGCUCCGACACGGCCUUCACUUCCUUCUAUGGCAGUCAGGCGAACUUAAAGGUAGCGUCGCGAUCGAUGCCGCGCAUAUUUUCCAAUACGUAUCUCGACACGAAUAUUGGAGCUACCAGCUAGACCUGACACCUCUCGAGAACAAACUUGAUGGGGCUGCAUGGUUUUAUGGGCAUCCAAGACAGACGGAAUCCGCAUGAUUAAAUUUCCGAAAUCUGUGUUUCGGUAAUAUAAUUUGUGCAUUAGUCAAAUUUCGCAAGUUGUAAGAUUAAAUUGUAAAAAUUGGUGGAUUGAUUUACCAGAAAGCCGCUUUAAGAUACUUAAGAGUUCUAUAACUGUAAUUUAAAUGAAAGCGAUAAAAUCAAACAGCAAAUUAGAUUAAUGCAUAAAGAAUUUUUAGUAUUGUAGAUACUAUUUUUUAUCAGUUUAAUGAUAAAUUUGAUGCAAAAAAAGAAAGUUUUGAUUCAUGUAGGAGUCCAUCUGUCUCUAAUCAUUUUUCUGUAUUCUUUUAACCGAAGAAUAUAAAAGAAAUCUAUGACGGUUUCAGGCUGCGAAUGGGAACAGCGGUUCUGCCUGUAAUUAAUAAGCGGAAGGAAACGACUGCCUAGCAUAGAAUACUGCGCGAUGUUUGUAUCUCGAUACGAUUAGCAUGCAGUCUGAAAAGACUUCUUUUAGAAAAUAGUCGUAUAAAAUUAUUAUUACACAGUAUUAACUGUAUGUAACGACGAAAUGAUACAUAGGCCGUCUUUGAGUCAUUAAUUAAAUCAUAUAUAAUUGAAAUACUACUAAAAAGUAAAUAUAAUUUAUUUUAUGAUAGAAAAAUUAAUAUUUUUUAAUUAUAGUAUAAUAUAAAAUAAGUUUUAAUUAUUACAUUUACAUAAAAUUUUUAUUCAUAUAUGCUCAACUAUUGUAAUCAAGUUGGAAUUAAUGUUGCUAGUGUGUUGCUAAUAAUACAAUUUUAUCAUAAUAUUUCAGAAUAAUUAAAUUAAACUCGAUAUAGUUAUACAUUAAUUACCAAAAAAUGAAUAUUUUAUAUUCGAUUUAACGAUCAAGUUAAACUUGAAGGCGGUCGUAAAAUCAAAAUAUAUGUACGACAUAGAUAUUAAUAUUCCUUCUAUAGCGAAAGAUAUUUCCAGUAUUGUUUAUACAAAUGUGAGCUAAUUCUGUAAGAACGAAAUGUGCCAAAUAUCGAAGUUUCACUCAUUGUUAUUACUCAUUGUCAGAUCGUAAAUCUAGGAUAUGUAGACGUGUAUUCGUUUCACGAACAACACGUACUCAUUUUCACUUGAAUUUUUUAUAUUAAUACAAAUUAUCUUCGUGAACAUUUGUUAUUACUAUUAUGAUCGAAUACUAUAGUAUAUAUAUACACGAGAUAUAUUUAUAAGUUACUACGAUAGUGAGGAUCGAUGAAGAAAACUUUGGAUAAUUAAUUAAUUCAUUCGACCUACUUAUAAUAUGGUCAGCGUAAUGACUAUGUAACUAUAUAUUCUCUACACUAUUCUAUUCUUCCAUUACAAUAGCAUGAUUCGCAGUCAUAACGAACAUGAUUAUCAAUGCUAAUGACUGUUGAAGUAACUGCGUACUUAUUUCUUUGUCUUCUCUAUCUCAUUAAUAUUAAAAUAACGACAUAUAUUCCCGUCAGUAAUCUACAUUUGUGUUGAGAUCAAUAAUUAAUUUUAUUGGAAUCAUUUAUAUAAAUUUGAAGGAUUUAUAGGGUGAGUAAAAAAUUCGACACAAUUUUCACCCUGUUACACGAGAUAUUAAUUGUACAAUUGAUGCACAAAUUAGAAACGCUGAAAAUGAACUGAUAUAUUCAGUAAAGUUUUCAUUAUGGUUGACCAUUUACUUAAAUUUAACUAUAUAAGCAUAUAAAAUGUGUUCAAUAUUUUACCGAAAUUCUAUGACAGUUAAAAAAUUGAUUAACUCUUUGAUAAAAGAUCUGUCUACAUUAUUAUAUAUAAAAGUAACCAUAGUAUAUUAUUUUGAUGUUAAUUAUUUUAAGUAAUCAUAUAAUAUAAAACUUGAUAAUACAUCUAUGAUAUACUCUGUAUCGUUUGUUUGAUAAAAUACUACAAUUAAUAUUUA